AUGGAUGCUGGCAAAGUCCCCGUCAAGCUCGUCAAGGUCACCCGAGUUCUCGGCCGAACAGGCUCCCGAGGAGGCGUCACACAGGUCAGAGUCGAAUUCAUGGACGACACGAGCCGAAGCAUUAUUCGAAACGUCAAGGGACCAGGUACGAACUUCAAUUCCGCCAAACAAUCCCAGGGAGAAAAGGAGGACCAAAACUAA